AUGUCCCUAAAUCCGAAUUCUGCAACACGCAGAGAGUUUUCGGAGCACUUCAUCGCCGCGCGGCCACCAAGCGGUGCAGAUGCCGAAUAUAUAGCUGUCUUCCAAGCCACACAGCAUCUCCUCUCACUUUUGAUCAACCACGCGGGCAUGGUAGAGACCGAAAACGCCCAACAACCAUUUAUGGAGCCAGCGAAGUCGAAGAACCGCGUUUAUGCCAUGUGGGACUUUGUUGGCCGCACUAUGGGAAUAUUGCUCAAUAACGUGAGGUCAUAUUCCAACCCUGGCAGAUCUCAAGAUGAGGCGUGGAGAGACGCGGUUGGAAGGAGUCAACUGGCAGACAUGCUUCUUCAGGACGAGUCCCGCGGUGAUAGUAUGCAUCGAAUGACAUGGGGCUCGGGUUUCGAUGCACGGUUCCCAUUCGGCGAUGAGAUCAAGCAGGCAUCAACAGCUGUUGUCAAUGCUAUUGCUUGA